AUGAAUGACUAUAACAAGUACUGGUGCCACAAAAUACUCAAUGAAUUGUUGAAAAUGCCUGUAUCGAAACCUUUCAGAGCGCCAGUGGAUCCUGUACAUGAUGAUGCUCCAGAUUAUUUGAAGAAAAUCAAACACCCAAUGGAUUUCUCCAAAAUAAAGCAAAAUCUCGUAUUAAAUUCCUACAAAACCCCUCAAGAGUUUAUUUCAGAUGUCCAUUUGAUUUCUAAAAAUACAAGAACUUAUAACGGAAAAGAUUCAUACUUCGCUGCGUGCGGCGAUAUUAUUGAUGAAUAUGUAGACGAGCAAUUCAAGGAUAAGUCGAAUUCUUACGACGAAGAAUGGAAUAAAAAUUUGGAAAGGGCGAUUUCGGAGCUACGCGAGCAUAUUGAAUCAGCACCAAAAUACAAGCAACUUUUAAAAUUCUCAGCAACCAUAAAUCAAUAG